AUGGCCUCUGCCGGUCUCCAGAUUCUGGGCAUUUCCCUGGCUAUCAUCGGUUGGAUCGGUGACAUCAUCAUCUGCGCACUCCCCAUGUGGAAGGUGACGGCUUUCAUCGGCAAUAAUAUCGUGACCGCGCAGAUCUUCUGGGAGGGCCUGUGGAUGAACUGUGUGAUCCAGAGCACGGGCCAGAUGCAGUGUAAGGUCUACGACUCCAUGCUGGCCUUACCCCAGGACCUGCAAGCAGCCAGGGCUCUGGUCAUAAUCUCCAUCCUUGUGGCCGUGAUCGGCAUCCUGCUCUCCAUGGCCGGGGGAAAGUGCACAAACUGCAUCGACGACGAGGCGGCCAAGUCCAAGGUGGCAAUCGCAUCCGGCGUGUUCUUCCUGGUCGCCGGCAUCCUCUGCUUGAUCCCGGUGUCCUGGUCCGCCAACACCGUCAUCAAGGACUUCUACAACCCGCUUCUCACUGACGCGCAGAGGAGAGAGCUGGGCGCGUCGCUGUUCAUCGGAUGGGGCUCUGCUGGCCUGAUGCUCAUCGGGGGCGCACUUCUCUGCUGCCAGUGCCCCCAGCGCAAGGAGAGGGGGUACUCUGCCAAAUAUUCUGCCCCGCGCUCUGCAGCCAGUGGCGCGGCCUACGUCUGA